AUGGUGCGGCGGUUUAAGGAGUUUCAGACCCCACCGGAUGACGAUCUCGCGCGUUGUAUGGAUCGCAGCGCGGCGUACCUCGCGCAUGGCCAGGCGCGCGAUCUCCCCGUCGCGGCGGAGCUCUGGCUUGCGUUGCAUCGACAACAUGAAGGGGCCGCGGCGACACCGGAGAUGGCGCGGAUCGCGCGGGAAUGUGGGAGACUUUUGCAUUUUCUCCGACGCCCUCUCGCGAAGGAGGUGCUGGAGACCGCCCAUGCGUACAGUGUGGAGGCGCAUGGCGGGCGUUCGGUCGAGCGCGCCCUCGUUAUGGGAUGCCUUGCUCCUUAUCUCGACCCCACGGAGGGGUCUAUCCGAGAGAUUGAGGAGUGUAUCGCGAUUCUGGAGGAAAACCUCUCCUCGAUGGAGGUCGUGUUGAGCAAGGAGGAGAUGAAAAUGCUGCUUGAGACGGUCUUUGUGUUGACGAUGUGCAAAAGCCAGAUACUCAAGGAGAUGGGCAAGGAGACCCUGGAGUCGAUCUGGAACUCGUUGGAGGAUGUUGAGGCACGAUUAAAGCAGUUAAAAUGA